UAGUACAGCUCUCAGCUGCUGCUUCCCUGGGCUCAACUUCUUUUCCACCCUCAUGCUUUCAUCCUUCAGUGAAACUGUUCCACCCCUUACCCAACACUCCAAAGAUCCAAUUUAUCCUUCUUCUCAGUAUUUGUAGCCACAGUUCAUUGACAGCAGCAGGCAGGGAAGUUGUAACAGGAAACAUAAGAGGUGAAGGGGGCUCCUCUUACUGUCAUGUAGAGAGCAGGUGGUCUGGCUUUGUUUCUUGGCUUUUUUUUUAUUAUUUUUUUAUUUUAUAAACAGCACCAGUUUUUGGAGAAUAAGCUACACAGCAAAUACUGUAUAUGAAUAGUUCGAACUAUUGCUAUUUUUUUUUAUCUAUUACUGGAGCAACGUGUAUGUGAAAAGAGCAAGUAAUCUGUAGGAUCCUGGUGGUGACUUUAUUGUGUUCAUCAUGGAGCCAAAUACCAGCCUGAGGAUGGACGAUGAAGCAGUUCUGGACAGAGGGGCUUCAUUCCUGAAACACGUGUGUGAUGAAGAGGAGGUAGAAGGUCACCACACUGUGUACAUCGGAGUUCAUGUUCCUAAAAGCUAUCGGAGGAGAAGACGUCAUAAGCGCAGAACAGGUCACAAAGACAAAAAGGAGAGAGAGAAAUCAGAAAACUAUUCUGAUGUAGAGAAGUCAGAUACUGAAAAUGUCGAUGAAAACAGCUCCAACAUUCUUAAACCCCUCAUUUCUCCAGCCGCCGAACGCAUCCGAUUUAUCUUGGGUGAAGAAGAUGACAGCCCGGCUCCACCACAACUUUUCACCGAACUGGAUGAACUUCUGGCUGUGGAUGGGCAAGAAAUGGAAUGGAAGGAAACCGCCAGGUGGAUAAAGUUUGAAGAGAAGGUAGAACAAGGUGGAGAAAGAUGGAGUAAGCCUCAUGUUGCCACAUUGUCGUUGCAUAGCUUGUUUGAACUGAGGACAUGCAUAGAAAAAGGGACAAUAUUGCUCGACCUUGAAGCCAAUAGUCUCCCACAGGUAGUAGAGAGAAUUGUUGACAACCAGAUUGAGACUGGAUUGCUGAAGCCAGAGAUGAAGGACAAAGUUACGUAUACGCUGCUCAGGAAGCAUCGGCAUCAGACAAAGAAAUCCAACCUGCGCUCCUUGGCAGACAUAGGAAAAACUGUCUCCAGUGCAAGUAGGAUGUUUACCAGCCCUGAUAAUGGAGGGAGAGAAGAAACCCCGAUGAAAAACUCCUUUCUCUCAGCGCGCAGCCCUCUAGAGACUUCUGUUCCCUGUCUUGCAACCCGCAUGUCGGAUGACGAUCUCCGAAUGCGGAGAAGUCCCAGCAUGGGAUGGCUGAGCAGCCCAACAAUGGCCCAUAGAGACCUGACUUCUUCUAGCCUGAAUGAUAUCUCAGACAAGCCUGACAAAGAUCAAUUGAAAAACAAAUUCAUGAAAAAAUUACCCAGAGAUGCCGAAGCGUCUAAUGUCCUUGUGGGUGAAGUGGAUUUCUUGGAAAACCCAUUUAUUGCGUUUGUACGACUGCAGCAAGCGGUAAUGCUGGGCUCGCUAACUGAAGUCCCUGUACCUACUCGGUUUUUGUUUAUCUUGUUGGGUCCAAAGGGCAAAGCCAAGUCAUACCAUGAAAUUGGACGAAGUAUAGCAACCUUAAUGUCUGAUGAGGUUUUCCAUGACAUUGCCUACAAAGCCAAAGACAGGCAGGACCUGAUUGCUGGAAUUGAUGAGUUUUUGGAUGAAGUCAUUGUACUUCCUCCUGGUGAAUGGGACCCUACAAUACGAAUAGAGCCACCGAAGACCCUUCCCUCUUCUGAUAAAAGGAAAAACCAAUAUGCAGGUGGGGAAAACCUGCAGAUGAACGGAGACACUCCUCAUGAUCCUGGCCACGGGGGUGGAGGACACGGUGACACUCCUGAACUGCAAAGAACUGGCAGAUUUUGUGGAGGACUAAUUGAGGACAUAAAAAGAAAAGCACCGUUUUUUUGGAGUGACUUUUAUGACGCAAUAAACAUCCAGUCUCUUUCGGCCAUGCUCUUUAUUUACCUGGGAACAGUAACAAACGCUAUCACCUUUGGAGGUCUUCUAGGAGAUGCAACAGAAAAUAUGCAGGGUGUCUUGGAGAGCUUUCUGGGAACAGCAGUGUCAGGUGCUGUAUUUUGCCUUUUUGCCGGCCAACCACUUACAAUUUUAAGCAGUACUGGGCCUGUGUUGGUCUUCGAACGGCUUUUGUUUAAUUUCAGCAAAGAUAAUGGCUUUGACUACUUGGAGUUCCGCUUGUGGAUCGGCCUGUGGUCUGCCUUCUUAUGUUUUGUUUUGGUUGCCACAGACGCCAGCUCGCUAGUCAAGUACUUUACCCGCUUUACAGAAGAAGGCUUUGCGUGUCUUAUCAGCUUCAUCUUUAUCUAUGAUGCAUUUAAGAAGAUGAUUAAGUUUACAGAUUAUUACCCAAUAAAUAAUGAUUUCAAAAUUGGUUACGCUACUCAUUUCAGCUGUGAAUGCUUUCCACCGUCCCCAUUAAAUAGUUCUCUGUUUAAUGAGACUACUGAACUUCCAUUUGAUUUUCUGAGCACUACAACUGAAGACCCGCAUCACAAUGACUCUAUCAUCUGGUCUUCACUUACAACAAAGCAAUGCUUGAAAUAUGGUGGUAACCUUGUUGGUAACAACUGCAAAUAUAUUCCUGACGUCACACUGAUGUCAUUCAUCCUGUUCUUUGGCACAUACACCUGUUCAAUGGCCCUGAAGAAAUUCAAAACCAGCCGCUACUUCCCAACAACAGCUAGAAAGCUGAUCAGCGACUUUGCCACUAUUUUAUCUAUUCUAAUAUUCUGCGGAAUAGAUGCCCUUGUUGGUGUUGACACACCAAAGUUAAUUGUGCCCAGCGAAUUCAAGCCAACAAGCCCACACAGAGGAUGGUUUGUGCCACCCUUUGGAGGAAAUCCCUGGUGGGUGUAUCUUGCUGCAGCCCUCCCAGCGCUUCUUGUAACUAUUUUGAUCUUCAUGGACCAACAAAUCACAGGUGUCAUUGUGAACCGGAAAGAACAUAAACUCAAGAAAGGUGCUGGUUACCAUUUGGAUCUGUUCUGGGUCGCUGUUCUGAUGGCUUUAUGUUCAUUUAUGGGUCUCCCAUGGUACGUGGCAGCUACCGUUAUCUCUAUUGCCCACAUUGACAGCUUGAAGAUGGAGACAGAGACGUCUGCACCUGGCGAGCAGCCUAAGUUUUUGGGAGUGAGAGAACAGAGAGUCACCGGGAUUAUGGUAUUCCUUCUGACUGGUAUAUCUGUAUUUAUGGCUCCUAUAUUAAAGUUUAUUCCCAUGCCUGUUCUGUAUGGUGUUUUCCUGUAUAUGGGUGUCGCCUCACUAAAUGGUGUGCAGUUCAUGGACCGUCUCAAGCUGCUUUUAAUGCCUGCGAAACAUCAACCAGAUUUCAUCUACCUACGUCACGUUCCUCUGCGCAGAGUGCAUCUCUUCACCUUUAUUCAGAUAGUGUGUUUAGCUCUGCUGUGGAUCCUAAAAUCAACUGUAGCUGCUAUCAUUUUCCCAGUUAUGAUCCUUGCACUUGUGGCAGUAAGGAAAGCUAUGGACUACCUCUACUCUCAACAUGACCUCAGCUUUCUCGACGACGUCAUCCCUGAGAAAGAUAAGAAGAAAAAGGAAGAUGAAAAAAAGAAAAAGAAGAAGGGCAGCCUGGAUAGCGACAAUGAAGACGAGAAAAGGCCCUUACAUUCCUUGAACGACACACGUCAUGCUGAAACAAUACCUUUUCUUCAGUCACAUAUGCCAAGCCCACCAAGUACUCCAAAACGACUUGUGCCUCAGAUUAGGAUAGAACUUGAGCCAGACGAUGAUAUUUUUUUCUGGAGGAGCCGAGGAACAGAAACAACUUUGUAAAACUGUGAACCGCUUACUGCAAUGCGUCCUUUUUUUUUUCGGUCUCUAGCCAAAUAUUACAUCUUAUAUUGCUCUUUUUAUAAACAUCAUUGCAAAAUGCAGCAACACGGCAAAAGAUUUGUAUCUUCUAAGACAUUUCUUCUGUGAUAUAUAUCUACAGAACAUUAAUCCUGCUAAAUUGUUUUUUUUUUUUUUUAUCCGAUAAGCACUUUUUAUUGCCUUGUUAUAUCCUAAUAGAAAAAAGCACAAAGGAUGUUUCAUGUAGUUUUUUUCCGUGUGGAUCUUUUCUGCACAAUACAAUUGACUAUUAUGCAGCACUUCCUAAUAAAUUAAGUAACCUAUGCAGCUUAACGCACAAAAAUCAAACACUCCAUAUCACAGUGCUGCUUAUAUAUAUCUGCUUAUAUAUAUAGUUCUAAUUCACAAUCUGUAAUUUGAAACAACAGUGAUAUACAGACACUUGGCUCGCCCACAGAGAACCUAUUGCCAUAAAUUAAGGGGACACUAAACACGUUUUGCAUUUGCGUAAAAAUUAAACUUAUUCAACACUCCCUAGAGGCCAAAAAGCAAAUUCACUUUAUACAAAAUGCUGCAAAUCAUUAGCUGGUUUGGGUAAUUUGCAGCAUUUUAAAGAAAACCAAGGUAAAGUUUUUUUAGUCUCUCUAGGGAGUGUGGCACAAGCUACAUUUUUACAAUGGGUGUUUCAUGUCUCUUCUCUUUAAACUUUCCUUUUGCUAUGCAUCGAUACUCUUUAAAGUUAUCUAUUGUCAAUGAAGAGCGUUUUAUAUCUUGUAGAUUUAGUCUUUAAAUUAUGGGGCCUAAUCUUCUACUAUAUUAUAUAUAAUUUUUUAAAAAAAAACUUUUUUAAUGACUGUAAAAAAAAUUAAUUUUUUUUCCUGCAGCAGGAAACGUAUCGUUUUUAAGUAGUUCUACCUCUUCUUUGUAGAAGCUGAGUUUUUUUUUCUGUAUGGAUGUGUUAUAGACAAUUUAAUUACUAUGAUGUAAAUUAAGUGUCCCUAUUUAGGGCACAGAUAAAUUUGCAAUAGUUUUGUAUGCAUAUUUAACUAAUCAAUCAUUGAUUUCACAAUAUUAAAACUACAUUUUUUAAUCAUGUUGGGAGAGAGGUGGAACUAACUUAUGAUCUGCUAUUUUAUGCUGAGUGAAAGUAUUUUAUAAGUACAUAGGCAAUAAUUGAUGGUAUUGACUGGUUUCAGGGAUCAGUAAACAUCAAUAGAUAAUGAUUUAUUUUGUUUUUAUUUUAAAACGAUAAUUUUAUUUAAAGUAUUGAAGCGACUUCACUAACACGCGUUUCGUGUUUUGAUAGAUACGUAUUCAUACUGUACAUGUGUGUCAAAUAGAAAAGAGAAAUGACUGGGGAUAUAAAUGUUAAUACAAAGAUAUGAAGAGAGUAGAAAAACAGUCAACUGUAAUAAAAAUGAUCAGCUUCAUUAAAUCAGUCAUUUUUGCUAACUCUUUUUAUAACCCGUGCAAAGGUGUGAAAUUCACACUCAGGAGUUGCAGAGCAGUGCUUCUUAUGAGAUGGGCAUGGCCCAGGAGCCAAUCAGGAGUGCAAUAGGUGUGUAGAUAUUUGUCAUUGACUGUGUCCCGCUGUUCCAAAAAAAGCUUUUGUCUAAAGGUAUAAAAUAAUGAUCACAGCUUUUGAUUAUUACGAUAGAAUGUUCCUUUAAAAGUGAAAUCAAUGCAGUUUGCCCAGUAACAGAGACUCCCUUCAUGCUACAAAAGCAGACCUGAUUAGUUAGCAUACAAAAGUUGUAUCUAAUUGUAGGGAAGUUUUGUGCACAAAUGUUAUUUGGUUUCAUUUAGCCAGACAAUUGUUGAUUGAUUUAACACACACAAUAUAUAAGCUGCAAAGUCACAUUACCAUGUCGUUAAAAACAAGACUUCUUUGAAUGGUACUGUGAAUUUUGGCAUAGACCCUAAAUACAGGUAUUUAUUAUGCUUGAAAUCUGUCCUGCCCUAGGAAAUUUUCAGGGCUUGCCCUUCCUGACACAAACACAGCCGGGCACAUCUAUUUAGUUACUAAAGAGUGUCACUUUAUCUCAUUACAAAAUCUAAACUGCCCUGCGUGAGUUAUUCAUAGAACAACUUAGGCUUUGAAAUGAUUGCUGAUCGUAACUACAACAAAGUACUUGAGUAUUCAGUGAUACUGCCAUUUCUGUAUUCAUCAGAACGGUAUUUGGAGAGUGUGCCACCCAAACCAGUUGCUCUAAAUUCUUCAUAGUGCAUAAUUGCAUGGUGUUUCUAUCACAAUCUCAACCCUUUUUUCUCUAAGGCAUUGCUUGAUAUGAGAAAAAGAAAAGAGUUCUCACUUAGUUGUUCAAAAUAAUUACCAGGUACUACAAAAUGGUGAACAUUGAUGUGGAAUUGCAACUAAAACAGAACAUGGCAGUAUUGUGUCUCUCUCUUCCUUAUCGUUUGCAUAUCUUUUUUAUUAAAACCAGUGUUCUUAUAUCUAUAUCCCACACAUCCUAUAUGCAUGUACAAAGGUAGUGUAUGCCCCUACCCUUGUUCACUAAUUUCAUAACAAGGUCUUCCAAUGUAAUACCAUGUUUCUUGUACUUGAAAUGUAUUAAACUGCUGAUUUGUAUGGAAUAAUAUUUUGUUAUAAACUGAUAGGUAAUGUGAGUUGCAGGGUUGAUGUUAACAUUUUUACAGGUGGGACAAAGUUUUCCAUUUCUUUCUUUCUUUCUUUUUUUCUUUCUUUCUUUCUUUCUUUCUUUCUUUCUUUCUUUCUUUCUUUCUUUCUUUCUCUUUUUCUUCUGUCUCUCGUUCUUUUUCUUUCUGUCUCUCGUUCUCUCUGUUUUGCUGUAUAUCGCUCUCUCUUUUGCUGUAUCUCCUCUACAUUGACCUAAAUAGGCCUGCUCAAAAAAGAUUUUAUUUAUUUCAUAAAACACUAAAUUCGUUUUUUUGUUUUUUUUAUGGUAAUGCUGCCAUUUUUAAUGCUCGGAGCUUCAAUAAGGAAGACACUAAAUAUGUGAGAAUAUUUUACACCUUCAAUGACCCAGAGAGCAAGCAUACAGUAUAAGUACUGCGUGGGACUAGGGUUGCCAGUUUUUUCUGUGAACAAAUACAGGCAAUGCUCAUUAGCAUACAUUUGCAUAAAUAAUUGUACAGCAUACGUUAAAUUUAAAUGACCAUUGAUUUAUUAUAAGAUUCUAACACAUUUAGAAGAAGUUUGACCAUUAUAGCAUCUUUAUUUCUAUAUUUAUUCUUUAUUUUCAACUUUGACCUGAUCCUUAAAAAUACCGACAGUGACGAUAAAAUACCGGAGCCCUGCUGGUCCCAAGUGAAAACCGCCGCUAACCCCUUUGUAGGGUUAGCCACACAGUGAAUUAGAGGUCUGACAUUUUUUACUAUUUUUCUACUAUUAUGGCCCGUUAAAAGUAGCAUUUGGUUACUAUUCUAAUCUAUUAUUAUUUUAAAAUCAGCAUUAACACAUAGCAAGUGACUGUGAACAACAAGAGGGAAAUAGUAGUAAGGAAAAUUUUCUGAGGUGCCUGUUUUAAUUUUUAUUUUUUGGUGGAAACUUAAUAUCCAGAGUACCUUGUGGGCGUGUCACAUUAACAACUCUGUGCUUACUGUACAGUAGUAUGCUCUCUUCUGUGAUACCACUGACUGUCCUUAUAAAAUGUCUUCUUAAGGCUCGAAAAGCCCUUUCGCUCUGUGGAUAACUUUGUCCCUAACCUGUAAUGCUGAAGUGUUAACACACCUGUUAUAUAAUUUAUAGCCAUUAAUGUGGCUAAUGUAUUUAGUAAUUGUAUUAUUUUGGGAGGGGGUUUGAAUUGCACUUUCAAACUUUUCUUGUAUCAUUUAUAUCGGUCAAGACAGAGUACAACAAUGUUUGUUUUCUUUUAAAACUGAGAAACGAUCAAACAUGGAGCAAAAAAAGAAGAAAGUCGCAGAAAACCGAUAGACUGUAUUGAUUUUUUUUCUCCCAAUAACAAUGAGCAUUAAUUAUUAUUACUAUAUAGUAUUUUACAAUUUUUAUGAAGCUUUCUAUUGUGACUUUUAUGGAAUCAACAGAACGAAGAUAUUUUAGCAUUUAUAUUUUUCAAAAUUAAAUGUAUAUUGGAAAUAAAGUAACUUUAUGCAUUUGCUUA